GGCUCCCAGCCCAGAAGCCAGAAGUUUCUAGGCGCGCGUGCACGGGCUUUAUUAAGCUGCCGGCCGCACUGUGGACUGCAGUGGCUCUGACUGCGAGCCUGGGCACAGCCUGGGAGGACAGUGGCUUGCUGAUCUCUGGUGAGGCAGUGCGGAGAGGGGCCCGCUGGGAUUCUGCUGGGCCAGCAGGGGGUCACCUUUGGGGGCUGGAACCCCAGCCUAGCGUGCGCCACCAUCCUUGGCAGUGGAUGGUAGUCCCCCGCAGAAGAUCAGCACUUUCUGACGCUGAAGAAUAAGCUUUGAAGGCCAGCCCACCCUCAUCACCUUGUUGUGUGACCUUGGGCAGGUGGCUCCUUCUCUCCGAGCCUCUGUUUCCCCUCUGCGCUAGGCUGCCACCAUGGCGGAUGGUCAGAUGCCCUUCUCUUGCCACUACCCCAGCCGCCUGCGCCGAGACCCCUUCCGGGACUCUCCCCUGUCCUCCCGUCUGCUGGAUGAUGGCUUUGGCAUGGACCCUUUCCCUGACGACUUGACGGCCCCUUGGCCUGACUGGGCUCUGCCGCGGCUCUCCUCCCCCUGGCCGGGGACCCUGAGGUCGGGCAUGGUGCCCCGGGGCCCCAGUGCCACGGCCAGGUUUGGGGUACCUACGGAGGGCAGGAGUCCCCCACCCUUCCCUGGCGAGCCCUGGAAGGUGUGUGUCAACGUGCACAGCUUUAAGCCGGAGGAGCUGAUGGUGAAGACCAAGGAUGGCUACGUGGAGGUGUCUGGCAAACACGAAGAAAAACAGCAAGAAGGCGGCAUCGUUUCUAAGAAUUUCACCAAGAAAAUCCAGCUUCCAGCGGAGGUGGAUCCUGCAACAGUAUUUGCCUCACUUUCCCCAGAGGGUCUGCUGAUCAUCGAAGCUCCCCAGGUCCCCCCUUACUCACCAUUUGGAGAGAGCAGCUUCAACCACGAGCUUCCCCAAGACAGCCAGGAAGUCACCUGCACUUGAGACCCCAGUCUUGGCCCAUUCUAAUUCUGUCCCCAACCCUAGUGCUCCUCUGAUUCCAGGGUUAUAUUACUUUAGAGCUCAGAUUUAAUGCCACUGAAUGUUGGGGGUUGGGAGAGCAGGGGACUGACCCCGGAUUCCCUGGAUCGUGUAGAUUUCUCAACAAGCUGGCGCAAUUGGCAAAUCAUGCUUGGUUGCGUUAGGCCAAAAUACUAGUUUUUCUUUCUUUACCUUUUCUAUCUCAAUGAAAAUGUUGCACAUUCUAUAGUUGCAAAACAAAUAAAAGGGGACUUAACAUUUCACAUUGUAUCUUACCUUGCAGCUGAUGCAAGAGUUAUUUUUCUCUGGGGACCUCCCUAUCACCCAGGUUCCUACUCUGGGCUCCCAAUUUCCAUGCCUGCCACAUGGUUUGGUCGAUGAAAUCCAUUAGCUCACCCCAUUGUCCUUCUACGUCCCUGGCCUGGAAAGGGUGGUAGACAGGUCUUAUAUUCCCAUAUGGGAUUUUUCCAUUAACCACAUGAAAACAAACAGUGCCUUCUGCUCUCUGCCCAGCACGUUCCCAAGGUUCCCAAGCUGGCACUCCCUAAGGACUCUUGGAGACUUUCAGUUUAUUCUCUGGCCAAGGUCCUCUUUUUCUUGUGUCCCUUAUGUCCAAGUUGGGAUUUUUACCGAGGGGGCUGUCUCCAGACGGCUCCAUCAGGAACCAAGCAAAGGCCAGGUAGCCUGGCAGACAGGCUAGUGGUAUUGUUUAUAUGGGUGGGACAUGUGUGUCAUUGUUAUUUGAGUUGUGCUGUUGGUUUGAGGAAAAUAACAGUAAAUAAUUGAUAAUAAUAAUAAUAAUAAUAAAGGAGCUGAUGUUCUUA